AUGGCUCAUGGACUGCAGAUAAGAGAUGAAGAAAGUGGCUAUAAUAAAAAUCUAUUUUGCAUUCCUAAGCAUUAUGAAGAAGAUUUAGAAAGAGUCUUCAUUCCUCAUGGACUCAUCCUGGACAGGACAGAACGUUUGGCUAGAGAUAUCAUGCAAGAUAUGGGAAGCCAUCACAUUGUUGCACUCUGUGUCCUUAAAGGAGGCUAUAAAUUCUUUGCUGAUUUGCUGGACCAUAUAAAAGCACUAAAUCAAAAUGGUGACAAAUCUGUGCCUAUUACUGUGGAUUUUGUUAGAAUAAAAAACUACUGUAAUGAUUCACCUACAGAAAAAAUCAGUAUUGUUGGAGAAGAACUGUCUACGCUAAAUGGGAAGAGGAUAAUUUAUUUUUUUCUCUUUCAGGACAUUAUUGAGACUGGAAGAACAAUGAAAGCGCUACUUUCAAAACUAAAAGACAACAAACCAAAGAUGGUAAAAGUUGUAAGCCUGCUCAUUAAAAGGACACAUCGAAGUCCAGGUUACAGACCAGACUAUAUAGGCUUUGAAAUUCCAGAUAAAUUUGUGGUUGGAUAUGCUCUUGACUAUAAUGAAUACUUCAGAGAUCUAAACCACAUCUGCAUUCUGAAAGAGAAAGCGAAAGAGAAAUAUAGGAUCUGA